AGAAAACGUUAGUAUACGAAGCGUUCAAGGAGGAUUUGCAGCCGUAUUAAAAUUCAGCGGCAAACCAACAGAGGAUAUUGUUCGUGAAAAAGAAAAAUUACUGAGGUCUAGUGUUCUUUCUGACGGUCUCAAACCAAAAGACGGGUGUUUAUUGGCUCGCUACAAUGAUCCUGGUAGAACAAAAAGUUUUAUGAUGCGAAACGAGGUUCUUAUUUGGCUCGAGGAGUUUUCGUUGGACUAGUUUUGUUGGCUUUGAUCGAUCCUGUAUUUGACGAUUUUUGUAUGGCGUAAAGUCGAAGAUAGAAACAAUGUAAGCAUAUAAACAUCACAUGUAUUGUGAUCACAUUUUACUUGAAAAUGAAAGAAUAUUGUAAAGCUUGUUUCCAUUUAGUUAUCAAACAACAAAUCCUUGAGUGAAAAUCUUUGAAAAAGUUUCAUGGUACCAAUUCAAGUUGUUUCCUAAAAGUUGCAGCCUUUUCAAGACUAUGUGUUAUCAUAGCGCCGUUUGGGGGCGGGGAGCGUUAAACCACCACAGGGUGGCGCGGUUGAGGAUGUGGGGCGGUGGGGGAGGGCAAACCAUGGCGUGAGCAAGGUGUUUAAGAUGGUUUUUUUAUGUUUUUUAUACACACCCAAUUAUAUCUUGCCACCUUAAUUGCCAACCAAGCCCCUUCACUACACGCCUUUUAGGGAUUUCUGAAUUCAGGGUGACGUUGUUCCAUAUACGGGUACCUAUCCUGGAAUCGUUGCUACUAUAAGUGUUCCGAGGCUGCGUUGCUACUAUAAAUGUUUUGCGGUAAAAUUUGAAUCUUUUACUAAUAGGGAUGUGAUAUAAUUCUUUUUUUAUCAAAGGACAAUCCAUUAAUUUUGUAUCUCAUAUUAUUUUAUGUAAGAAAAUUAAAAUUCAAGUGUCACGGAAGCUCUACGCCUCUACAUAUAGUCAUAUAUUCACGGGAUUUUGAAACCUUUUAAGCAUUAAAUGUAAACAAGAAUACGCUCAUGAUAAAAAAGAAAGAUUUUAUUUCACGAAUAUUCUCGCUAUGGUGUAGGUGAAAUUCGUCACGGAUUGAACCAUAUUUCAUAUUUUUAUCAAUGGUAACUAGUGAUUUAAAUCCGCUGAAAUAUAAUUUUUAAAUAUAUAGUCUAACUAUAGGUUCAUAGAUACUUUAUUUUCACUUCACUGUAAAGUUCACAACCCUUACCAAUCUUUAGGCUGCAAGAUAUGGGAUGGAGCCUCUAGAGGCUUCAUUGUAGCACAUCAUCGACACGUAGGCUUCACGUAGGACAAGGGGGCUCUAUUGCAUCUUCUCAAUAACACCCAUGGUAUUAGAGGUGUACAAAUCGUUUUUUUAACCGGUCCAGUUAACCGUUUUUUUGGUGGGGGAAAAACGGUUUUUAAAAAAAUUGGUUCGGUUUUUUUACCGGUUUGUACUAAUCGAUUCUGUUACGUUAAAACCCGAUUUAGGCCAAAACUGGUUUGAAACUUCAAAAAUACUGACCGGUAUACAAACCACCGGCUCGGUUCGGGAUGAAACCGAUUUAAUAAAAAAAACAGUUAAAAAAAUUGGUUUUGAUUUUUUCCUCGGUUUCGGUUCUAAAACCGGUUUUUUUACACCUGUACAUGGUAUAGGUUAAAGCCCCCGAUAGCCCCCCCCCCCCCCCCUCCUAUUUAUUUGAUUUUAAAGGUUUAAAACUGAUAUGGGUCCCACUUUUCAUCCUCGUUAUGUGUGAGAGGGAGGCGCUAUUGAUCAAGAAGUUGCUGAGAUGAGAUGGAUGGGUGACGAAACGGUUUAUGAUACAAAAAAGAAAAAAAGGGCUUAAAUGAUUAAAGUGUAAAAGUAUAAGGACCACACAGUCACAACACCAAAAACUAACUUGAUCAACACUACUCUUCUUCUUCUUCAAACCGACUACAAAAAUCAAUCUCUAUCGAAACACAAAACUCAGAAUUGAAAACGACAAUGGUGGCGGCAGCGGAAGCGGGUGAAGGUCUGAAACAAUAUUACCAGCAACACAUCCACGAUGCACAACUCCACGUUCGACAGAAGACUCAUAAUCUCAAUCGCCUUCAGGCUCAGCGUAACGACCUCAACUCCAAAGUAAGGUUGCUUAAGGAAGAGUUGCAGCUGCUUCAAGAGCCUGGAUCUUAUGUUGGUGAAGUUGUCAAAGUAAUGGGAAAAUCAAAAGUCCUCGUGAAGGUCCACCCAGAGGGUAAAUACGUGGUUGAUAUCGAUAAAAACAUUGAUAUUACUAAAAUCACACCAUCAACCAGGGUUGCUCUUAAGAAUGAUAGCUACGUUCUCCAUUUAGUUUUGCCAAGCAAAGUUGACCCGCUUGUAAACCUUAUGAAAGUCGAAAAGGUUCCUGAUUCUACGUAUGAUAUGAUCGGUGGGCUUGACCAGCAAAUUAAAGAGAUUAAGGAGGUUAUCGAACUUCCAAUCAAACAUCCGGAGUUAUUUGAGAGUCUGGGUAUUGCUCAACCGAAGGGAGUUCUUUUAUACGGGCCGCCUGGCACAGGGAAGACAUUGUUGGCGAGAGCGGUGGCUCAUCAUACUGACUGUACUUUCAUUAGGGUUUCUGGUUCCGAAUUAGUACAGAAAUAUAUUGGAGAAGGUUCUAGAAUGGUUAGAGAGCUUUUUGUUAUGGCCAGGGAACAUGAACCAUCGAUUAUAUUUAUGGACGAAAUCGACAGUAUUGGAUCUGCUAGAAUGGAGUCUGGAAGCGGGAAUGGUGAUAGUGAAGUCCAAAGAACAAUGCUGGAGCUUCUUAAUCAACUCGAUGGAUUCGAAGCCUCAAACAAGAUCAAGGUUUUGAUGGCUACAAAUCGAAUCGAUAUUCUGGAUCAGGCCCUUCUUAGGCCAGGAAGAAUUGAUAGGAAAAUCGAAUUUCCAAAUCCUAGUUUUAAGUUUAUGUUUGGGGAAUUGCUACCCGCAAUCGCUGAUUUAGGAGCUUUGGAGUCGGGUUGGGUUCACCAAUAUAUUAAGAAAGAGAUGAAUACAGCUACUAACGUAUGCACCGCGUUAGUCGAUAUGUAUGCUUGUGGCGAAUUCACGAAAGCCCGAAGAGUAUUCGAUUCAAUCCCGAGAAAGGAAACCGCCACUUGGAAUGCUUUGAUACAUGGUUUAGCGGUUAAUGGUUACGGAAAUGAAGCGAUAAACGUGUUUCUAGAUAUGACCAGACGCAGCAUCAAGCCGAAUGAGAUAACCAUGACUGCGGUUUUAACGGCUUGUAACCAUAGUGGUCUAGUGGAGGAAGGUAAAAGAUGGUUUAAGUCAAUGCAAGAUUUUGGUAUUGUUCCGAAAAUCGAACAAUACGGUUGCAUGAUUGAUCUUUUGGGCCGAGCGGGGUGUUUGGAUGAAGCGGAAAGGUUUAUGGAUGAUAUGCCGUUUGAAAUGAACGAUAUUAUAUUGAGUUCGUUUUUAUCUGCGUGUGGUUACGCGAAGGAUGUUAAACGGGCCGAGCGGAUUUUGAACAAAACUUGUGAAAAGGGGGUUCAUAAUGAUGGGAAUUAUAUUACAUUGAGGAAUUUGUAUGCACAAGAUAGAAGAUGGGUUGAUGUGGAGGAAGUGGUGGGAGUUAUGAGAAGUAAGAAUUCAAGAAAAGAAGUUGGUUGUAGUGUUAUUGAGGUUGAGGGUCAUGUGUGGGGGUUUGCAUCAGGAGAUAGGUUUCAUCCUCAAUGGUUAGCUAUAAAGUCAAUGUUGGAUGUGUUAUUGAUUGAUAUGAAGAAAGAAAGAAAUGCUUGA